AUGGAGAGGGAGGAGGAGGGAAGAGCAUCACCGCCGGAUUCGUCGUCAAUCUCGGUUCAAUCUGGGGUGGAGAUCUACAAUCCAUCCAGAUGGGGAAGACAAGGCCUUGGUCUGGAGUCCGCUAUCUUAGAAUAUGUACAUUCCUCGAGUGGAGGAGGUUUCUGUUCCGUCAACGUUGAAGAGUACCAUCCAGCAACGAAGAUCCAACUGAUUUCCUCAACUCCAUCAUCCUCCACGUGGUCGAGUGUUUGUAUUCACCAAGAAAAGAGAAGAGCGGCAGCUAAGACCGCAGCGGCUAAGGAAGAGGCCGCCAAGGAAGCAGCGCCUCCGGAAGCGGCCGCCGCCAAGGAUGCGGCGGCCAAGGAAGCAGCCGCCAAGGCCACGGCCAAGGCAAGAGCUGAUGAGUAUGCAGACAUUCGGGAAAGGGCCUCUAAGUUUGCAGAGAAUUACUCCAAAUAUCGUAUGCAGAUGGUGUAUGACACGGGAAAAUGGUCCAGGUAUUACCAGCUGAUGCACAACAGUCAGGGAUUUGACAUCACCUGGUCACCUGAUAGGAGCUACAAAGCAACAAUCCAACCUUUUCCUUUUAAAGAUAUUGAUGGAAAAAUCAAGCCUAAUUUCCUCAAGAUGUCCCAGGAUAGCAUUCAGUUUUACAACAAUGAACAUGAUAAGGAGAAAUACAUUUUUGAUGGGAAGGUUCAGAAUGUGGCUUAUUUCCGUACACCUUUUUAUACUCUGUAUUACAUCACCUUUACAGCUCAAGUUGAUCAUCUCAGCAGCCCUGAACCCUUUCUCGGUCGGUAUUUUGUUAAUCGUCGUCGCAGUACUUAUCGUCCCGGGGACCUGAAGUCAAGGCCACUGUUUUGCAUGAGGAGAGAUUUGUUCCUAUCAGAUUGGGAACAGAAAAAGGAUGAGCUCUGCACACUUGGUUGCUGCACCCCGCAUCGUACAUUCCUCGAAUACAUCCUUGAGGAGAAAGAGGACAAAAUCCCACAAGAAAUCAAGUGCGCAACCAUGUCUUCGUCUCCAGAAGAAACCGAGGAUUUUCAGCUUCCGGUGGAUGCCGACGAGGGACGGCAGAUUCCUGAGGGUCAACAACGUGGAGGAGCUCAACUUGACCAGCCCUGCCCCGCUUCUGUUUCCCCUCCCGAGUUGGUCCAUAUUUGGGGCAAAACAUCGCGGCCCGGGUACCUAGAACAGUAUUUUGAUCUACUUUCCACUGGAAUCGCACCUGAUAAUGAUAUGAUAUUGAGAAGUGGAUCCGUUUCCAACCUUGUUGAGCUCCUCUCAGGUGAUGAUUCUCCAGGGCUCCAGUUUGAAGCUGCCUGGGUUCUUGGAAAUAUUGCAUCUGGGACUUCUGAUGAUACUAAAGUGGCGAUUGAUCAUGGUGCUGUGCCUAUAUUUGUAAAGCUCUUGGGUUCUCCAAAUGAUGAUGUUCGUGAGCAGGCUAUCUGGGCAUUAGGAAACAUUGCGGGUGACUCUCCUAGGUAUCGUGAUCUUGUUCUGAGUGAAGGAGCUUUGGUGUGCGCAGCCCUUCCAAAUGUCCAGCUACUUGUUUAUUUUGAUGACUUUAUUGUGCUCUCACAUGCCUGCUGGGCUCUAUUACAUCUUUCUGAUGGCUCAAACGAUGUAAUCCAAUCUUUAAUUAAGGCUGGUGUCUAUCCACGGCUUGUGGAGCUGAUCUCGCAUCCAUCGCCUUAUGUGCGAUUACCGGCACUUCGCACAGUCGGAAACAUUGCAAGAGAGAAUAAUUUUCAGAGACAGGCUGCAGUGAUUGAUGAUAAGUUGAUUGAAGAAAUAAUUCAUUUGUUACAAACUGAAGACACAUCAAAGAAGGAAGUUGGGCAGGCAAUUUUGAAUAUUAUCUUCGGUGGAACUCGUGUCAGGAUUCCGGGUUUGGAGGGCUUCACGAAGCCAUUAUGUGAUUUACUCGACAGCCCUGAUCCAGUGAUGGCUAAUGUUGGCUUAGAGGGGAUUGGAAUUUUAUGUAAGCCUGGUGGAGAACGCACCAAUUUGUUUGUUGAAUUGAUAGGCAAAGCUAAAGCCUUGGCUAAGAUCAAGGCCUUGAGGAUUCAUGACAACAAGGAAAUUAGUAGAAAAGCAUUCAAGAUCUGGGGGCCGAUAUAUUGUGAGGCAGCAAAAAUAUGGUCAACCACUACGCUGAUGGAAGACUUGUUACUUGAUGUUGAAAACUGGGGGAAAAACAGAAAAACGAAAAACUAG